AUGCUUGAGGAUGUUUCCUUUCUGUGUUUAGCAGUCUUUGCCAAAUUUCUGGGCAGUCUGUCCACUAUGGUCAAAGAUCUGACAAUUGGAAAGUGUACAGUCAAGCUCUUGUCUGACUCAGAUGACAGCGCAAUGCACUGGAACUUCACUGACAAGAGGAUUCAACUAGAGUCUCUUAGUGUCGCCUCAGAUGCGCUACUAGAAUUCCUUCUCCGAGACGAGUCUCCGGUCGACUUUUCUCAUUUGAAAGAGGCAAAGACCAGAAAUGCAGAAAUUCACCUCCUCAACAAACUUUCCUGCCUUAGCCCUCAAUUAGUCAUUGCCGUUGUCACUGCCCUUGACCUGGAAUCGAACAAAGAACCUCUCAAGCUUCCUAUCGUCAGAAAAUUAGAUUUGUCGCUCCUUACAAUGGAACGGGGAACCAUGUCCCUCGCCAACCUCUUCCAAUUAGCAAACCCCAACUUGGAAGUAUUGAACCUCACAAUUCCCUUCGACUUUGUCACAAGCAAGACUAGUGGGUUGGAGGCGUUGGCAUUGGCGUUGGCACUGUCGAGGCAACCAAAGUUAAAAAUCGUGAAUGUCGUGGUAUGGGCAUUGAGGAAUAAUUGGAAGUUUCAGAAUGAGCCUGGCAUCGAACAGCGGUGGAGUGCAUUAUUGGGUGUGCUGGAGAACAAUGGCGUUAAGCUCACAAUGGACACCGUUCAUCGACGAUUGGUCGUCUAA